AUGUUUUCAACUAUAGUCGAAGUCAUUGAGAUGAUUGCUACUGAUUCUACAAGUACCGGAACAAGAGGUGAUGCAUGCAUUUCAUUGGAGUUGAUGUUAAGAUUUGAAUUUGCAUUUAAUCUAUAUCUCAUGAAAAAGAUUUUAGGGAUUUCAAACGAAUUGUCAAAAGCAUUACAAAGAAAAGAUCAAGAUAUUGUCAAUGCUAUGAAAUUGGUGCAGAUAUGUAAAACACAACUCCAAACCAUGAGAGAUGAUGGAUGGGAUUCUUUUUUGGGAGUGGUUUGUUCGUUUUGUGAAACUCACAAGAUCAAUGUUCCCGAUAUGGAUGAUAUGUUCAUAACUGUAGGUCGUUCACGGCAUGAGACAGUGACAAAUUUGCAUCAUUUUCGUGUGGAAAUGUUUUAUGCCGUCAUUGAUAUGCAACUUCAAGAGUUGAAUGAUCGUUUUUCUGAAGCAAAUAGUGACUUGCUUAUUUGUGUUGCAUGUUUAUCUCCAAAUAAUUCAUUUGCUGCUUUUGACAAGAUCAAAUUGAUUCGACUAUGUCAGUAUUAUCCGGUAGAUUUUGAUGCAGCAGAUAUUCUAGAACUUGAUGAUCAACAAGAUACGUAUAUUAUUGAUACGCGCACUUCUGAAGACUUUGAAGAAUUACAAGGCAUUAGCGAUCUUGCACAGAAGUUGGUUGUGAAGAAUAAACAUGAAGUGUAUACAUUAGUCUACAAACUUGUGACACUAACCUUAGUUCUUCCCGUGGCUACUGCUACAGUCGAAAGAGCAUUUUCUGCGAUGACUUACGUCAAAAAUCGUCUGCUCAAUCGAAUUGGAGAUCAAUGGUUGAAUGAUAGUUUUAUUGCAUAUAUUGAGAAGGAUAUUUUUGAUAAGAUUGAAAAUGAUGUAAUUAUUGAACGUUAUCAAAGUAUGAGAACACGUAGAGAGCAAUUGUAA